AUGGGGGACCCCCUCAUGACGCUCCCGGAGCUGAUCCGGGGAGUGCGGGGGGCGCGGACGCAGGAGCUGGUGCAGCGGGAGUGUGCCCGGAUCCGGGGGGCCAUUCGGACCGGGGACCCCCAGGCCGGCACCACCAACCUCACCAAACUGCUCUACAUCCACCUGCUGGGGUACCCUGCCCACUUUGGCCAGAUGGAGUGUCUGAAGCUCUUGGCCUCACCCCAAUUCCACCAGAAGCGGAUAGGCUACCUGGGUGCUGCGCUCCUAUUGGACGAGAGGCAGGACGCCCACUUGCUCCUGACCAAUAGCAUCAAGAAUGACCUGGCGCACCCCUCGCCCUGCGUGCAGGGCCUGGCGCUGGCCUGUCUGGGCUGCCUGGGCUCGGCCGGGAUGUGCCGCGACCUGGUGGGGGAGGUGCAGCGACUGGCGGGAGACGCCCUGGCCCCCGUGCGCAGGAAGGCUGUGGCCUGCGCUGUCCACAUGGUCCGCAAAGUCCCGGAGCUCUCCGACAUCUUCAUCCCCGUCUGCGACCGGCUCCUCAAGGAGCACAGCCAAGGCCUCCUUCACGGCACCCUGCUGUUGAUCACGGAAAUGUGCGAGCGAAGGCCCGAUGUCUUGAAUCACUUCCGCAAGGCCGUGCCCCGAGUGGUGGAGAUUCUGCACAACUUGGAGGUGUCAGGGUACUCGCUGGAGCACAGCAUCAUGGGGGUCAGCAACCCCUUCCUGCAGGUGCGCGCCCUGCGGCUGCUGAGAGUCCUUGGACAGGGCAGCAAGGAGGCCAGCGAGGCCAUGAACGACACCCUAGCCCAGGUGGCCAUGAACACGGAGACCUUGCACAACGUGGGCAGCGCGGUGCUGUACGAGACGGUCCUGACCAUCACGGCGGUGCACUCGGCACCCGGCCUGCGGGUUCUGGCUGUCAAUAUUCUGGGACGAUUCCUCCUCAGCAGGGAUCGAAACAUCAGGUCCGUGGCCCUGAUGUCCCUGCUGCGGCUGGUGCGUGUGGAGCAGAGCGCCCUCCAGAGGCACCGGGCCACCGUGCUGGCUUGUCUGCGCGACCCGGACCCCUCCAUCCACCGACGUGCCCUGGAUCUCAGCCUGGCCCUGAUGACGGGCGCCAACGUCCGGACCAUGACCCAGGAGCUGCUGGGGUUCCUGGAGACCUGCCCCCCCGGCAUGAAGCCCCCCUGUGCCUCUGGGCUGCUCUUCGCCGCCGAGAGAUUUGCCCCAAACAAACGCUGGCACAUAGAUACCAUGCUGCAAGUGCUGACCAUGGCCGGCUCCUCGGUGCCGGACAAUGCUGUCUCCCGCCUGAUCCAGCUGAUUGUGGGGGCUGGGGAGCUGCACCCCUACAUCAUGAGACGUCUCUAUGGGGCACUGGCCUGCGAUAUCUCCCAGCAACCCCUGGUGCAGGUGGCCACCUGGUGCAUCGGCGAGUAUGGCGACCUUCUCUUAGCCGACAGCUGCGAGGAGGCGGAGCCUGUGCAGGUGGAGGAGGGGCAGGUGCCGGCGCUGCUGGAGCGGGUGCUGCAGUCUCACCUCUCGCUGCCCCCCACGCGAGCCCUCGCCCUGACGGCCCUCAUGAAACUCAGCACCCGCCUGCCGGGGGACAUCGACCGCAUCCGGCGGAUUGUCUCGGUGUUCGGCAGCUGCCAUGACAUCGAGCUCCAGCAGAGGGCGGUGGAGUACAACGCCCUCUUCAGGAAAUAUGACCACCUCAGGGCGUCUGUGCUGGAGAAGAUGCCGCUGGUGAAGGCUGAGGAAGAGGAAGGAGCUGAGGUUGUUGCACCAGGAGGCCAGAAGAGGGCGCCGUCCUCCACCGCUCAGGAGGAGCCCAGCCAGGUCGCCGACCUCUUGGAUCUCCUUGGGGGGCCCCCAGCUGACCCCCUGGUCCCCGCAGGCUCAGACACUCCUGUGGCCGAAUCUCUGCUGGACUUGCUGGAAGACGUGACAACUGCGCCCCCCAUCCCCCCGCUGAGGGUGUGGGAGGGGGACGGGCUGCGGCUGGACUUUGCCUUCCAGCGCCCCCCAGCCGACCCCCACCUGCUCCUCAUCACGGCCAGCGCCAGCCGCACCCAGCCCGGCACCACCUCGGGGUUCCUGCUCCAGGCGGCCGUGCCCAAGGCUCUGCAGGUGCAGUUGGAGGCCCCCAGCGGGACGUCGGUGCCGGGCCCCGAUGGGGCCCCCCUGAGCCAGCAGCUGCGUGUGCGGAACCCCGGCCAGGCUCCCCUGCGGAUGCGCCUGCGACUGGCCUAUACGCCCCCCGCGGGGGUCCCGGUGCAGGAGACCCUGGAGAUCAACGACUUCCCUGCAGCUGCCUGGCAGUGACCGACCCCCCCAGCCGUGAGGACCCCGCCCCCGGGCCAUGGUUCCUGCCAGCCGCCACCAGGGGGCGCUGUUGAUCCGGACAGAGAUGGGGGAGGGCUGCGUAAAUAAAAACAGCCCCCCCCCCACCCGGA